AUGGCGACUUUUCAGAGAACUGUGUUCGAGGAAUUUAACCCAGUGGACGGUGAUAUUGAUACAUAUUUGGAGAGACUUGAUCAGUAUUUCAUUGCUGUGGACAUUGCGGAGACAGAGGCAAACGCUGUCAAACGCAAGGCUAUUUUGUUGAGCAGCAUUGGUUUCACGGCAUAUAAGACACUUAAGGACUUGUCUUUUCCGCAACAACCCAAGGAAAAGUCAUUCGAGGAUUUGUGUAAACUGUUACGGGGACACUACAGACCCAAGAGACUGGCAGUCGCAGAGAGAUUUCGAUUUCAUAAUGCUAGACAAAUGCCAGGACAAUCGAUCUGUGAAUACGUUGCUCAUUUGAAGAAAAUGGCUGUAUAUUGUGACUUUGCGGGGGAUCAACUGCAGGAGAGUUUGCGCGAUAGAUUCAUCUGUGGGCUGCAGUCUGAGAGCAUCCAAAAGAAACUGCUCGCACGCAACUACAAUUUCCAACAAACUCUGGAUCUUGCUCUCGCAGAGGAGGCUGCUGCAAAGAAUGUGAGAGACAUGGGCACUGUGGAGACUAAACCAGUGAAUAGGGUGACUUCUCACUACAAGCGUAAUCAAAAAUGGCAAAAGCCGAGGUCGUCGCAACCAAGGAAGCAUUGCGACCGCUGUGGACUGAACAAUCACAAUCGCGAUGAUUGCCGAUACAAGAGUGCCACAUGCUACAAGUGCAAGAAAGUGGGACAUUUGCAGUCAGAGUGCAAGUCUGAUAGUAAAUCAGGCCCUGCACCACCAACCACGAAAUACACGCCCCAACAGCGAACCAAGCCCAAAGGACGCGUUCGCUAUGUGGGAGACGACGAAAACGCUCGCGAACUUUACGAUCCCACUGAUGACGCAUGUCGCGAUGACAGUACAUUCGUCGACUCGGUUUUUACGGUUACGACUUCCGAUAAGUCAAAAGCGGAUACGUCAGGAGACACGACAGCCGAUACGUACAGCCGUACUUCAACUAUCAAGGUUCCUGUCAAGAUCGCGAACAUUCCCAUACAAAUGGAACUUGACACAGGUGCCGCUGCAUCAAUCAUGAGCCAGUCAGACUAUCACAAAUAUUUGGGGCACAUUCCAAUGCAACCGGUGAAUCGUGUCCUACACGCUUACGCGGGUGCCCAAUUGCGAAUUUUGGGCCAACUGGUUGUCGAGGUUCAGUACGGCGACCAGAAAGCAACGUUACCACUAAUCAUCGUCCACGCAGACAAGUACGCACCACCCUUGUUGGGCAGGGAGUGGUUGACAGUUCUCAAGCUGGACUGGCCUAAUCUGUUUUCUCAGGGUCAAUACGGUGUGAAAUCUGACCCAAUCGCUGAGUUGAAAAGUGAAUAUAAGGACAUUUUUCAGCCAGAGUUAGGCACAGUACGUGGAGUUAAGGCAACACUGCACGUCAAGGAAGACGCUAUUCCAGUUUUCCACAAGGCUCGCACAGUGCCAUUGGCUCUUCGCCCCGCAGUCGAAAAGGAACUCGCCAGAAUGGAGCAAGAGACAAUCAUCUACCCAGUUGAUUUCAGCGAGUGGGCGACACCCCUGGUGUGUGUACCCAAAGCAGAUGGCACGGUACGCCUGUGUGGGGAUUACAAAAAUACUGUAAACAAAUCAAUCCACACCGAUCAGUACCCCAUACCUACUUCGGAGGAAGUAUUCAGCAAGCUAGCCGGUGGGGAGAAAUUCUCCAAAAUCGACUUGAAAUGCGCAUAUCAGCAAAUGUUGCUCGACGACAAAUCCCAAGAAUACGUCACGAUUAACACGCACAAGGGACUGUAUCGGUAUACACGCUUACCAUUCGGUAUCUCAUCGAGUCCUGCAAUUUGGCAGAGAUUCAUCGAACAAGUACUCGCAGGUCUGGACAGCACAUGCGCAAUCAUGGAUGAUGUGCUUGUUACAGGCAAGACGGAUGAGGAACAUCUCCGCAAUGUAAAGAACGUUUUCCAGAGAUUCCGGAAAUACGGUCUUAGGUUGAAGACCGAAAAGUGUCGGUUCAUGCAGGAGAGCGUAAUCUACAUGGGACGCCGAAUUUCUUCAAAAGGGAUUCAGCCAACCGACGACAAGGUUGACGCGAUACACAACGCUCCAGUUCCACAGAAUGUCACAGAGCUUCGCUCAUGGUUGGGGAUGGUCAACUUCCAAGCGCAGUUCCUUCCCAACCUGUCGACCAUGGCCCAUCCGUUAAACGAACUGCUCGGGGAUUGUCCUUGGCAGUGGACGGAUGAAUGUACCAGGGCAUUUGAGGCAGUGAAGGACGCCAUCAGUUCAGACAAACUUCUCGCUCACUACGACCCAGCACUCCCUCUCGAGCUCGCAACGGACGCAUCACCAUAUGGACUUGGAGCAGUCAUGCUGCAUGUGUACGCUGACGGCUCCAGACAUCCUAUAGCAUAUGCUUCACGCUCACUCAAUAAACAUGAGAAGGGCUACGCGCAACUGGACAAGGAGGCCCUGGCAAUCAUGUUUGGUCUCAAGCGUUUCCGCACAUAUCUAUACGGAAGGAAAUUUACCAUACGGACUGAUCACAAGCCAUUGGAGCGAAUCCUUGGUCCCAAGACGUCGAUUCCAACCCUUGCAGCACAACGUCUUCAGCGAUGGGCUGUAAUGUUGUCCGCAUUUGACUACGACUUGCAGUUCAUUCCAUCUUCGCAGAAUGUGCUCGCGGACGCGCUCUCACGUCUCCCAUUACCCACAAUGGAGGAGAACGACGAAGACGCUAUCUACAACAUCGAGGACAAACGCCUCGAUAGCCUACCUGUGACCAGUAAGGAGAUCUCACACGCUACAAGAACUGAUCCUGUGCUUUCGCGCGUGUUAGAGUUCACUAAAAGUGGAUGGCCAGCAGAGGUAAGGGACGAACGCCUCAAACCUUUCUUCAAUCGCAGACACGAACUAUCCACGGAACAGGACUGUUUGUUGUGGGGAUUAAGAGUUGUGAUACCCUACAAGUACCAGAAGUUCAUUCUGGGUGAGUUACAUGAUGCGCAUCCAGGGAUUGUCAGGAUGAAAGAAAUUGCACGAAGCUACGUUUGGUGGCCUAACAUCGAUCGCGACAUCGAACAGACUGUUCGUCUCUGUGCUAGCUGUCAACAGACUAGACACCUUCCAGCUGUGGCACCCCUAAUGCCAUGGGUGUGGCCUAGCUCUUCGUGGCACAGAAUUCACAUCGAUUUCGCGCAGAAAGAUGGUCACGAUUUCCUGAUCGUCAUUGACGCAUACGCAAAAUGGCCAGAAAUCUUCCACAUGAGUAGCACCACCGCGAAUGCAACCAUCACGGUGCUGCGAGACUUAUUCAGCAGGUAUGGCAUCCCCUACCAACUUGUCAGUGACAAUGGACCGCAAUUCACAAGUGAGGAGUUCCAACGGUUCCUCAAGGUGAAUGGCGUAAAACACGUAAGAGUUGCACCGUACCACGCCGCAAGUAAUGGUGCAGCAGAACGAAUGGUUCAAUCCUUCAAACGCGCUCUCAGCUCGAGCAAAUCGAGUGGUCGGAGUUUGCAACAACGCAUCGACAGUUUCCUGUUGACAUAUCGCACUACGACACAUGCAACAACCGGUCGUACUCCUGCGAGUUUGUUCCUAGGACGCGAACUGCGUACUCGUUUGUCCUUGCUACGCCCGGACGUUGAACGCAAGGUGGUCAACAUGCAGAGCAACCAAAAGUUGCACCACGACAAACAGACCCAACUCCGCGAGUUCUAUGCGGGGGAGGAUGUGUUGGUUAAGGAUUUCCGCCGAAAAGAGACUUGGUGGCUGGCCACAGUCGCAGAGCGCACAGCCCCAAAGUCUUAUGUGGUAAUUUUGCAGGAUGGUCGAGUGUGGAAAAGACACGUGGAUCAGAUGAGAAGAGCAGAACGGUCAACAACCAGUCAUUCUCAGAACUCAAGGAAUGGGAUGCACACCUCAGCUCACCAAGAUACUGAUAGGUCUGACCUAGCAUCCAUUCCGGUGUUUAUCCCUACCGCUGAGACAGCUCCAGUCGUUGGCUCGCAAAUUCCUCAGACAGAACGUACACACGCGCCACCCUCAAACGUCACAAAUGGUGAGCAAACUUCACAAUCGGCGACACCGACCGUAACCGCAGGUUCCAGUGCUUCACCCAAACCCCUACGUCGCUCGUCAAGGGUCAGCAAACCCCCAGACAGACUCAUUGAGACUAUGGAAUAA